AUGGCGGAGAAGGGCGUGGUGGAAAACGGUCUUCCUCCGGCGGGCAAAAGAAUUAAAACGAGAUUAUCAUCGAUGAUGAUGGCCGAAGAGGACAGAAUUUCGAAGCUACCCGAUGCAACCAUACUACACAUCCUGUCGUUUCUUCCGACUAAAGAUGUGGUGCCGACAAGCCUUCUUUCAAAGCAGGACGUGGAAAGGUUCUGCAAGUACGUGGACAAUUGUUUGGAACACCGCAAGAAAGGCAUGUUUUUUAUCCCUGAUUCAGCCAUAACUAGUUUUAAGAUUCACGUGUUUUACUCUGGAAGAAUCGAGGCUGGACGCCUAGAUAAAUGGUUAGCUUUUGCGGUUGAGAAUAAAGUAAAGGAGAUAAGUAUAACCUUUGGUGGUAAACGCUACUAUUGCUUACCUAAAACAGUACUAGUCAACGCAAUAUACUUGACUAUAUUGGAGUUGAGUAAAGUGAAGUUGGAUUCUCGGUGCUCAUUUAAUUUUCCAUUGUUGAAAUCAUUGAUAAUAUUGAUGUGGUGGAUAAGCUUUUGUUGGGUUCACCUUCGCUUGAGAAAUUGCGAUUAUGUUACUGUAGAUUAA